AUGCCUAAAAAGUAUAUGUCAGAUUAUGACAAUGUUACUACCAGAACUAAAGACAAUAAAGACCAAAUUAUUACUACAUCAAAUGUCUCGAUGCAGGAAGUCCGCGACGUCGUGCGCGAGGAGCUCAAAGUCGUAUUCGACAUAUAUAGAAAAGACAUGUUGGAGCAAAUUGAAAACAAAUUUCAAAAAGUGCUAGAUAAUAUGGCGGCAAUUAAUACUUCUAUUGAAUUCCUGGAACGUAAAUAUGAGGACGUUAAGCAAGAAAUGGAUCUUAAAUUUGAAAGUAUAAAAAAUCUACAACAAGAAAAUAACCGUCUUCGAACUGACGUGAACGACUUGCAAUCGCGACUAUCACUAAUGGAACAGCAAUCUCGGGCCUGUAUCGUUGAGGUGCAGUGCGUACCGGAAUUCAAAAAUGAGAACCUAAUUACUACGUUAAACCAAAUAGCAUCGGUAAUUAAAUGCGAAUUAGACAAAAAAGACGUUAUAACGUGUACUCGAGUCGCGAAAUUAAAUAAAGAUUCACCCCGUCCAAGGUCUAUUUUGGUGAAGUUCAGCACUCCGCGUGUCCGGGAUACUUUCCUUGCUGCGUCGAUGGAGUUUAAUAGGAAAGCUAAAACAAUCUCCGAUAAAUUAAACACAAGUCAUUUGGGAAUCGGAGGUGAUAAGAGGCCUGUGUACAUAUGCGAGCAUCUAGCGCCGGCGGUUAAAGCGCUCCACGCUGAAGCAAGACUGUAUUCUGAAAAACUUGGAUACCGCUUCGUAUGGACAAAAAAUGGCCGAAUCUUUAUGCGAAAGUCGGACAAGUCGGAAUACGUAUAUGUUAAAAAUCGUGAAGUUCUUAAGAAUCUUAGAUAUCUAUAA